AUGCCCGAUUCAAUCGCGCAGCAGCCGAUCUGCAAAAAUUGGCAGCCGGACGAGCCUGUUCAGCCCAAUCGGGCCAGGCAGGCCCAAUGCGGUCAAAUCUAUAGAAAUUGGCAACCAGAUGAACUUGUUCGGCCCAAUCUGGCUGCACAGGCCCAAUGCAGUCAAAUUGGCCCGGCUUCCCGGGCAAAUUCGUUUGAAACAGGAAAUUUAUUGGCUGACUACAUGCAAAUGGCACAAUGCCAGACAGCAACACACUCAUGUUACGUACCAAUGGGUCACGGUAGGGAGUCCAUUGAUGUAAGCAGACUUCCCGGUAAUUGGCAAGAGAAUCUGUCCAAUUUCGACACCUGGCAAACCAGCGUGCCCGCCGAUUCACAUGUCUAUGGAGAUUAUUCGCAGAAACCCGAGAGGAUGACCGACAAAUUAGCCAGCAUGUCUUUUCAGAAGCUCUUGGGCCUGGCUGAUGCAGAUGAAAGUGAAGCAGCCUUGCAAAAUGCACUUUCCGAGAAGGAUUUUAUUCCGAGAGGACGACAACUGGAAUUUGGGGGCCCCCAUUUUCGCCCUCCAAUCAAACGAGGUGUGGGUGCAAUCCCUUCCAUGCUGUCCUUCGAUCUUAAUGCAACACCGAAAAUGACUACGGAUUCAGUAUACAGCAGGAGUAUAUCAUUCCAGUACGAGCCUAUAACACCUCAGAAAGUCAAUAAACCUGAGCAUUAUCAGCAGAAAAAGAUGCCUAUCAAUAAACCUCCUGUCACUGUCAUAGAUCUGACCAUAGACGAGGAGCCUACAGGAAAAGAUGCCCAAAUCCAGGUGGAAAAGUCCUCAGCCACAUCGAACCACCAGUUGCGGGAGAAUCACAAGCCUGACAAGGGUGGCAAAGAUGAGGCUGAUUUGACCAAAACGCCCCAGCAGAAGGUGCGGAGGAGAAAACACCGGCCCAAAGUCAUAAUCGAAGGUCAAAAGAAGAGUACUCCGAAAAGCUUGAAAAAACCCGCUGGAUCACAGGAAUCAACAAGUGUCAGGAGGAAAUAUGUUCAGAAAAAAGGAGUUGCAAAUCCUUUGGGGAAUGAAACUGAUGUAGCUGAUCCAAAAAAAAAGGAACCAACUUCUCUGGAUACUCUAACUCGAAAGAGAAAGUACACGAGGAGAAAAGGAGUUGCCAAACCUGAAGGUGAAGUGGAUAAGGAAACCACAAAAACACCUAACUCGAAGGCCUCUCGGAUCUCCCAAAGCUCCUGCAGACGAACACUGAAUUUCAGCUCAAACAGCCAGGCCAGAGGGGAGAUUUCCUUUCAGUAUCCAUCUUCAAACUGUGAUGGGAACCUCUAUGCACAAGGUCAUUCGACAGCUCAAACAGCCAGGCCAUACGGACAAGGAACGACUAAGAAAGAUGACGUUACGAGUCCUCCUGAACGAACGCAAUCUAUGGAUCAAGUGCAGGAAGAUAACAUGGCAGGGCAUCAUACUGGACCUACUAGAGGAAAAUGCCAAAUUGUGUUCUUGGAUGUAACACACGAUAAAGAGACAAACUCCAUUCAAGAAAGAAUGACUCCCAACAGUUCCAUGUGCAGCAGCAUAUUCUGGGUCCCAGAAAGACAGUUGAGGGGCCUGAAGAGGCAGAACGUGAGCACAAGUGAGGUAUCGGAAAUCUCCAACAGAAACGAGACUGAGGCAUAUAAUUUCAUGCAGGCAUACAUACCUCUAUUUUCCCAAAAUGUGGAUAAGAGCAAUGCUCUUCCUGGAUUACACUUCCCAAUAAUUCACAAAAAGAAGAAAUUCGAGAAAGUUUACAAUAUGGGAACAUCCAGCUCACAGCUCAAAGUACACACUCUCAGAGAUUCUUGCACAAAUCAGAUUACAUCAGAGGGUAAUCAAGGAUUUUCCGGUGGGCCAUACGAUAUAGCUAAUCUGCAGAGGACUAGUCCUGCAAAUGAUGCUCUUCAGACAGGACGGGAAGUUUAUGAAGAUCUCUUGGCUUUGGGGCCUAAGGAGAUAAUUAGGAAAAAGAGAUCCAAAAGCUCUACUCGAAUGCGGAAUUUAGCUUCACUAUUGGAGAUCCGUAGACAGAAGCCAGCAUCUACUAGCAAAGUAGUAACACCACCAUCCGCGACAAAACAAAAGAUUACAAUUCCACAUGAACCACCCACAUGCAUGGAAGCCCUUGUGGCGGACACACGGACAGUAUUGAAAACAAAGAAGCACACAAAUAGAAGUGUGCUUGCUAAUUCAAUAGGACCACCACUUGCUCUGACAUGGAGAACCAUUUCACCUGUUGAUUCAAUCACGGAGCAACUAAACAAGCUGGACCUGAAUGCGACGAAUGAAACAUCCAAAGAAAAGUGGAAUGCAUUUAAGGCGUAUCACUCACAGUACCUGGAGAAACGUGCCCUUGUUCCGUUUCAGAGAAGUGGAGCACUGAUCCCUUUUGAUGGAUCAUUUGACAAUGCUAGAAGAAGACGGCCACGGCCUAAAGUCAUCCUUGAUGAUGAGACAACUAGAGUGUGGGAACUUCUGUUAGAAAACAUCAAUAAUGAAGGCAUUGAUGGAACAGAUGAGGAAAAGACAAAAUGGUGGGAAGAGGAACGUAGAAUAUUCAAUGGUAGAGCCAACUCAUUUAUCGCACGCAUGCGUCUUGUGCAAGGAGACAGACAAUUCUCUCCAUGGAAAGGAUCAGUCGUUGACUCUGUAGUUGGCGUUUUUCUAACUCAAAAUGUCUCAGAUCAUCUUUCCAGCUCUGCCUUCAUGUCGGUUGCUGCUAGAUUUCCGCUCAAGCAAAAAACUCAACCUGCAGAAUUACGUGAAGAGAAACGAUGCACCGAAGAGAUCUGUGAGUUAUAUCGUGAAGGGAACUUUGGAUUGAAUGAAUCCAUCUAUGGUGAUAGGCAUGAAGUCAUUGAAUGUGAUAGCAUUAGAGAAGCGAACAGUGUCAACACCUCAAAAAACAGUUCUGAUGGAUUUUUCCUAAAGGACAAAUCUAAACAUGAUCUAGUUACGUCCAUUGAAACUGCUGCAAACAAGCCAAAAAGCUUGAUUAAGGAUGGAAGGGAUGCAGAAGACACAAUUUCUUUUCAGACUCCAGAUAUUUCUUCCCAGAACUCUUCCAAUUCCCAAAUAGCACAAACCAUUGGAAGAACUGAUUCUUUAAGCACCUCAGAAGAAUUAAAAGGUUGUGUUGAAUCAAUUGGGUUUGACAGUUCGACUUCAUUCAUAAAGCUUCUACAGAUGGCUGGCACUGUAUUACAUGGGAAUUUUAACGAAGGCGGUGAAAAAAUAAACUCUGAUGUAAAUAAUCGCCAAUGCCAAUCAGGAAGUUUGGUUCUUGAUUUGCAAAACAAAGUUCAUUUGGACAGUCCUAUGUACCCUGUUGAAACAACUUCACCUAGUAACUCUACUUUGUGUGAUGUGCCCAAUGCAGGAUCACAAGCAAUAUUAUUAGACUUGUGCAAGAAAAAUAGCCGGUUCUUUAACAGUUCCACCAACAGAGACCCAUGUUUAGGUGAGAUAAGUGAACCGUCUUCAGAAUCUGUAUAUGGAACUGCAUUUCAGAAGAUCAGAGAUGUUUGCUUCAAAGAAGAACCAAAACUUUCAAGUAUGAAUGCUACCUCAGAUAACAAUGACCAAGGUAGUAUGAAUGCUACCUCAGGUAAUAAUGAUCAAGUCUCUGCACAGAGUUCGUAUCAGGAGAUAUAUAAUAUGCAGAAGGUUUCAAAAGGUUUAAUCUAUCCACAAAAUUUGGCGGACAUUACAGGUAGUAGUAGCAACAUUGAUAAUUUAAAAAAUCCAGAGCACAUCGAAGUCAACUCAAAUAAGAGUGAUGCUGAAAAACAUCGAGGCAAGGUUGGUGGACCUAAAGGAAAGGGAGGAAGACCCAGAAAAGAUAAGGAGAACUGGGAUCACUUGAGAAAACAAGCAAAUGCAGGUGGCAAAGAAAGAGAAAGAACAGUCAAUACUAUGGACUCCGUGGACUGGGAUGCCGUAAGAUGUGCAGAUGUCAAUGAUAUUGCUCAGUCUAUCAAAGAAAGGGGAAUGAACAAUAUUUUAGCAGAAAGAAUUAAGGACUUCCUUAACCGCAUUGUUAGAGAUCAUGGAAGCAUCGAUCUGGAGUGGCUAAGGGACGUUCCACCAGACAAAGCAAAAGAGUAUCUGUUGAGCAUGAGGGGUUUGGGUUUGAAGAGUGUCGAAUGUGUCCGACUUCUGACACUGCAUCACCUUGCAUUUCCGGUUGACACUAAUGUUGGUCGUAUAGCAGUACGAUUAGGGUGGGUACCUCUUCAGCCAUUGCCUGAGUCACUUCAGCUACAUUUACUAGAACUGUACCCGAUAUUAGAGUCUAUUCAAAAAUAUUUGUGGCCUAGGCUCUGCAAACUUGAUCAAAGAACACUAUAUGAGCUGCAUUAUCAAAUGAUUACAUUUGGAAAGGUGUUCUGCACAAAGAGCAAACCAAAUUGCAAUGCAUGUCCAAUGAGGGGGGAAUGCCGACAUUUUACCAGUGCAUUUGCCAGCGCAAGACUUUCACUCCCAGCCCCGGAAGAUAAAAGCAUCAUUAGUGCAACAGAAAACAGAACAGCUGAUCAAAAUUCAAUGAGAAGUAUGAAUACCUUUCAUACUUUGCAGUUGCCUUCACCUGAAGCCAAUCCAAUGAAUGCUAGAUCUGGCGCUAGCUACUCUCAGCCCAUCAUUGAAGAGCCAUCUUCACCAGAGCCUAUCAUUGAAGUGCCAGCCACACCAGAAAGAGAUCAUACACAAGUUCCACAAUGUGACAUUGAGAAUGCUUUUAAUGAAGAUCCUGAUGAAAUUCCUACUAUUCAACUCAACAUGGAAGAGUUCACUCACAAUUUGCAGAAGAUCAUGAAGAAUACAGAACUACAGGAGGGCAAUAUGUCAAAGGCGUUAGUAGCUUUAACUUCAGCAGCUGCUUCAAUCCCUGUGCCUAAACUUAAAAAUGUGAGACGACUCAGAACAGAGCAUCAAGUCUAUGAGCUACCAGACUCGCAUCCUCUACUUGAAGGGAUGGAUAAACGGGAACCAGAUGAUCCUAGCCCUUACCUACUUGCUAUAUGGACCCCAGGUGAGACAACAAAUUCUAUUGAACCGCCCGAAAGAAGGUGCAGCUCAAAGGAGUACGACAAGCUAUGCACAGAUGAAGCCUGUUCAUCAUGCAACAGCAUACGAGAAGCAGAAACUCAAACUGUUCGGGGGACUCUUCUGAUCCCAUGCAGAACGGCAAUGAGAGGAAGCUUUCCCCUAAAUGGCACAUAUUUUCAAGUAAAUGAGGUAUUUUCUGAUCAUGAAAGUAGCUUGUUCCCAAUAGCUGUUCCACGAGAGUGGCUAUGGAACUUGCCGCGGAGAACAGUGUAUUUUGGGACAUCAAUACCAUCCAUUUUCAAAGGACUGACAACUGAAGAGAUCCAAUACUGCUUUUGGAGAGGGUUUGUUUGUGUAAGAGGAUUUGACAAGAGAACAAGGGCACCACGUCCCCUCAUCGCCAGAUUGCACUUUCCAGCUAGCAGGUUGGGCAAAGGGAAAGGGAAGACGGAUGGGAACUAG